CAUACCCGGGAUAAAUAGAAAAAUACUGGUUAUCACCCAAAAUAGUUUUUGUCAAUAUAUUUGUAGAUGAAAACGUCGCAUAGUGGCAUGCUUCCUGUUUCACGAGCUGUUCGCCGAAGCAUAUUAGUAUUACAUAAUCCCUAUUCUCACGCAGUCCAUAUACACUUACACUCUUAUUAUCAGAGUAUUGUUGAUAUUAACAAUGAAGAUCUUCGAGAUACCUGCUCUAGUCACAGCAGUUGGGGCUCUACUGCUCACGAUUAGCUGCGAUGCGCAAAUGAUCGAAAUGCCAAUGGUCAGAGUACCCAACAUAGUCAACCGGAAUCGAAGGCAAACGACGCAACCGAUGUUCGAGAAUCCGAUGGGCGGCGGUGUUUCAGAGUUCUUAGCGUAUGCGGCUAAUUUCACCAUCGGCGGUGCAAGCUUCUACUUCCUUGUCGAUUCAGGUUCGGCAGAUCUGCUCGUUACCGCCGUCGGUUGUACCAACCACCGCACGGGCGACUGUACAGGCCCUGAUUUCGAGCCCAUCUCACCCUCACUUGGCCAAUGUACCGCUACUAGCUACUAUGAGAACACCGGGACGGCCACGUCACACCUGGGUGAAGUAGAUUGCUAUGGAACUGCCGAUAGUGCGACGUAUCUGCAGUACGAUGUGUACACAGAUGCGGUGGUGUUCAGUAAUGCCACAGCCGUCACUCAGGCUCUAGGAAGCAUUACGGCAUCGACUCCAGACUUCUUCAUCGCCCCUCAAGUGGCUGGGAUCAUUGGGAUGGCUUAUCCCGGGCAGUCGACUAUCUAUGGACUCAACAAAGAUUACACCCCGUACCUAAACACACUUACUAAUGAGAAGGUGAUAAGUACUGCAGCAUUUGCAAUGUGCUUCAACGGACAGGUUGACGGAGGUCCAGCCGGGGGUCUGUUGGUUCUAGGCGGGGGCAUAAUCAGUGGCCUUACCUACGUAGACGUAGUUAAUCAGUGGUGGUACGCCGUCGCACUGUCCUCCAUGACUGUGGCAGGAACAGAUGUAGGUCUGCCAUCGGAGGGUUUCACUAUUGUGGAUUCGGGUACUUCCGGUCUGGUCCUCACAGAUACCAUGUACACCGCUUUCAACACGGCCCUGUGCACCUUCGCCGAAGAAAACGGUAUCAACGGCCUGUGUGUCGACAACUCAGUGGAAUCGACGGUGCAACUAACCACAGAUGAACUCGCCAGCCUGCCACCCGUUCUUGUGUCGCUCGCGGACAACUAUGUGUACAGCAUCAACAGCUCCUCGUACCUCAAGAGCCAGGGGGGAAAUAGCUACUUGUACCUAAUCCAACAGUCCGGUGUCGAGAAUGGGCAGAAAGAUAGUGCCAGCGUGAUUCUCGGUGAUGUGUAUCUACAGGGUCAAUGGGUGUACUUUGAUCAGCAGAACAACCGGUUAGGCCUCGCAGCGGUGAGCAAUUGCAACCAGAACUACACAUCCAGUGCACUCAGCAUACACACCCCCUCCAAACCGGUGGUGGCCCUGAGCGCUACGCUGGUGGCAAUCAUCACGUGGUUAUUCUAAGUAGACGAGCCUAUCCUAGAGUGGUUGUAGCACGCCUCACUGAACUAGGCAUGUCUUCGAUAGGUGUAUGGGGUGACAUAUGACCACGUGGAUAGUUGGCGACGAUGUGAGCGUUAAGCUUUGAGCUUUCUGAUGCACCUGUAUACGUCGAAGCCAGCUGUGUGUAGUGGUAGUUGCAAGUGGUAUAUGCUUCAUGUUUGUUGAAAACCCUAAAACAAGUUGUUGCUAUCCCAACCCACCAAGGUGCCGUUGAAAUAUGACUGUAUUUUGGUACUGCUGUGUCCCAUAUCGCAUACUAGCAGUAUCAUCGGACCCAAACGAUAACAAUACGUACCAUUUGGAAAUAAACUAUAAGUGUUCCUGAACAAUGCUGUUGCUUACAGGAGAAACAAAGGGAUGAGCC